GGAAAGUACACAUGCACAUAUCGCGGCGCGUUCACGAGGCGUCCUGACCAGCAGGACCUGAGCAGAGAAGAAGAAGAAGGAGAAGAAGAAGAAGAAGGAGAAGAAGAAGUUCUGAGAGGAAAACAGAGUUGAGAAACCGACGAGAAUCUGACUCAUAGUGAAGUCAGGCGGCCAUCAUGGACGAUUUAGACGCGUUGCUGGCGGACCUGGAGUCGACUACGUCCCACAUCUCAAAGCGACCAGUGUUCCUGUCUGAGGAGACGCCGUACUCCAUCCCCACCGGCGGACACUCCUACCAGGAUGUGUCGGUUCCACCUCCAGUCCCUCCUCCGCCCUCAGCCGAGGCUCUGAACGGCUCCCUGAUCGAUCAGCCGGACUCCCACCACUCGUCUCAGCAGUCGUUGGGUUCGGCCCAGAAGAGCUCCUGGUCCAGAGACAGCAGCAGCUCCCCGUUGUCUCACAUCGAAGAGGACCACGUCUACAGUUUUCCAAACAAACAGAAGUCAUCAGACUCGUCAACGGCAGCCAUGACAUCAGCGCUGGGCAGUAACCUGUCAGAGCUCGACCGGCUGCUGCUGGAGCUCAACGCCGUGCAGCAGAGCUCCCCGUCAUUCCCCACCACAGAGGAGGCAGCUCCACCUUUACCGUCCUGCAGCAUCACCCACUACGAGAACGGCAGCGGCCCAGACAUCAUGGUGAGCCCGCCGCCUCAGGAGAAACCCAAGAGGAACGGGACGAGUCGGCCGGACGAGGCCCGACCUUCCGUGGAGAGUCUGCUGGACGAGCUGGAGGGCUCGGUGCCGUCUCCCAGCCCUCCGGCUCGCCACAGCGAUCUGGACACACCCUCUCAGCAGCAAGCCAGAAUUUCAGCCUCCUGCGCCACCAGAGAGCUGGAUGAGCUGAUGGCCUCUUUGUCUGACUUCAAGCCCAGCUCUCUGGGCUCUCUGCUGGAGCCGGCAGUCGCCUCCUCCUGCUCUCCUCAUCCUCCAGUCUCUUCCUCCAUCACCCCCGUGGCUUCUCCUUUCCUUCUGUCCCACCCGUCUGCCUGUGCCUCUCCUCUCAUCUCUCUGCCUGCCGGUCUAGAGCUGCACAUAGAUGAGGACGGAGGAGACGGCGGCUCGUCGGUGCCUCAUCCGAGCCGCCUCCCUCCACACAGUCCCAUAUCCUCCCUCUCUGCAGCCAGCGACCUCGACCUGGACUCCGUUGUCGACGUCUCUCCCAACAUGCUGUCGUCCCAAAACAAGACUCUGCUCGUCCUCUCUCAGUCCAACCUGAUGAGAAACAGUCCGAGUCCCUCUAACACCACCACCACCCCCUCUCUGACCUCCGUUAUCACCGUGCUGGACCACAAGUCCUCCAAGUCUCCGAGUCCGUCUGUAGAGCGGAUCUCACCCUCCAAUACUGUCGGUAGAUUCUCUGACACUAUGAGCAAAGGGUCUCCUUCCUUUCAUGACCUCGAUCUGAGUUUCUCUCCACCAUAUUCUUCAAAAGACCUCACCCCUCCUCUCUCAGCUCCGAAGACUCCCUCACCCCUCCCUGUCUCUCUCUCUGUAUCUCCCCCUUCUGCACACACCUCCUCCAAAACAUCCUCACCCUCUCUGAUGGUGCCGGCUCUGAGCUCCAGCAGACAGAUGUUGGACUCGACUCCUGUAGCUCAGAGAAGCAGCCCGCUGGCGGUGCAGGCGGAGCCCUCUCUGGACGAAGCGCUGGACAAGCUGCUCGCCAUGAGUUUCGUACAGAAUCACUCUGCGGCACAUGUGGAGGAGCCCGAGCUGAAGAUGGAGGCUCGGUGUCUGGGCAGAGGGAUGCAGGAGGAGCUCAUCCUGCCCGUCGACAGGAACAGCGUGCAGCCGGACACGUUCAACAGCGCCACCAACACCAUCACAGACGAGUCUGUGGACGGAGGCACUGACGGGAACGGAGAUCUGGACUGGGCUGACGAGGAGCUGUCCAUGUCCUUCCACGAUGGAUUUGACGGCACCAUGACGCCGUACACCGAGCGGCCGUACACAGACGGCAGCAUGACCCCGCUGACAGAGGCCAGCUGGAUGGAUGAGUCCAUGACCCCGUCCUCCUGCCCCGGGACCCCUGACGUGGCCCUGGACCUGCCCCUGCUGCAGACUCCCAAUAUAGACCGAGUGUCUGCGUCAGGACACAUCAAAUCAGUGAUCAGACGCACGAAGGAGACUCCCAACGUUCACCCCAUGUUCAGAGACGGUCACCUGCGCAGGAAGAUGGGACCCGUCAUCGUGAACAAGAACACCUCUCAGGACCGCCUCAUCGAGGAGCUGCAGGGAAAGUUCGGGAUCGGACGCUCGGAGCGGCGACGUAAACAGUGUGACGACUGGCUGACGGAGGGCGUCAUCGUCACGUCCAAACCGCAGCGUUCCCGCGCUGACGGGGCCGGCUGUGAGGUCGACAAGAUCAUAAUCCCUCCUGAGUCGCCCCUCCCUGUGAGGAAGGUGCUCCCCCCUCUCUCUCCUCCCGCCCCUCGCCGCCCUCCCGUCUUAGAAGAACCAAAGCGACCCUUCCCCGUCCAGCAGCUCCCCGUCCCCAUCCCACCACCGCCUCCUCCUCCUCCUCCACCACCUCGCUCUCCCCCUCCACACCCCCCACACAUCAGGGAGCCAGUUCCUGCUGCACCUCAGCACAUUAUACAGGCCUCACCUCCACCUGCCCCGAUUCAGGAACCUCCAAAACCAGAACCCCCUCCUCCUGUUCUUAAAACCCCAACCCGGCCUCCACCUGUAGAACCAGUGACACAAGCUCCACCUAAGCUCCUGGUGUCCGUAGGCUGCCAAACCGAGUACGACCCAAUCUUCCCUCCGAUGCAGAUUAUGGCCCAGGGGAAGGGCGGUGUUCCCGGUGGUCCUGCGACUCAGGUCAACAAGCUGGACAACAUGCUGGGCAGCCUGCAGUCUGACCUCAACAAGCUGGGCGUGCAGACGGUCGCUAAAGGAGUGUGUGGUGCCUGCUGUAAGCCGAUAGUGGGACAGGUGGUGACUGCGAUGGGCCGGACGUGGCACCCCGAACACUUUGUGUGCACUCACUGUCAGGAGGAGAUCGGAUCCAGGAACUUCUUCGAGCGUGAAGGACAGCCGUACUGCGAGAAAGAUUACCACAACCUGUUCUCCCCACGCUGCUACUACUGCAACGGGCCCAUACUGGAUAAAGUGGUGACGGCGCUGGAUCGAACAUGGCACCCUGAGCACUUCUUCUGUGCUCAGUGUGGAUCCUUCUUCGGCCCAGAAGGCUUCCAUGAAAAGGACGGGAAGGCGUACUGCAGGAAGGACUACUUUGACAUGUUUGCACCGAAGUGUGGCGGCUGCGCUCGGGCCAUUCUGGAGAACUACAUCUCGGCGCUGAGCAGCCUGUGGCAUCCCGAGUGUUUCGUCUGCAGGGAGUGCUUCACCCCGUUUGUGAACGGCAGUUUCUUCGAGCACGACGGCCAGCCCUACUGUGAAGUGCACUACCACGAGCGCCGCGGCUCGCUCUGCUCCGGCUGUCAGAAGCCAAUCACGGGCCGCUGCAUCACAGCCAUGUCCAAGAAGUUCCACCCGGAGCACUUUGUGUGCGCCUUCUGCCUGAAACAGCUCAACAAAGGCACGUUCAAAGAACAGAACGACAAACCGUACUGCCACGGCUGCUUCAUCAAGCUCUUCAGUUAGAGAGUGAACCCGCGGCGCUACGUGAGGGUCGGGCCGAGGUGGAGCGAGGGAGGAGGAGGGGGCGGGGCUAACUGAUCAAAGAAGGUCGUCUGUGUUCUGAUGAUGAAGUGGAAGUGUGUAUGGAUCAGGUUUGUGCAUGUGAUUCAGUCUGCCAGCUAAAAUACUUUGAACUUUGUAAAUGUGACACAGAAAUACUGGACAGACGACAGUGAAACGCUUCAGUUUAAAGGAACAGUUCACCCAAGUGAAGUCACAGUGAAACAGAGUCGCAGCGUUCUGCUGAACAGCUGAAGCAGCUGAGACGGGAUUUAAAACAGAGAAACAACCAGAAAAAUGAUCAGAUGGUUCCAAACAGCUCGUCUGCUGUGAUCCGAGUCUGCUGAAGCUUUGAACUCCCAAACUGAUCUGAGAAGACGUUAUUAAAACCAAUUCUUUAAGAUGAAAUCUUCUCUGUAGCUGCUGAGAUAAAAGCCUUCGCUCACGUCCGUCAACAACGGUGCUGAAAUAAAGAAUAAGGAGCAACAUGGACCAGAAGUCCUCGAAGGACGGAGACGUCAGUUUUACGUGAACGCUUUGAUAAAUAUAUUUUUAUAUAACUUUGGCAAUAUGUAUCAGUCGAGCUCGUUCUCAGCAGCUACAGUGAAGAUUUUAUCUCAAAAGUGUGUCAGUAACUUCUUUUCAGCUCAGUUUGAGAUCCUGAAGUGUUUUUUUUUUUUAGGUGAACUGUUCCUUUUAAGAAAUAAUAAAACCCCUGCAGGCAACAUCACACUUCUUUAAAUCAUCAACAUGCAGAGAGCGGAGGAUUGUUUUCUGAAUCAUCCUGUUGGAUGUUUCAAACAGACGCAGGUUCCUGCUGGUCUGUGAUCCUCUCGGCUCUCCGUGGUGGUGAAGUGUUGCUGAACACUGUAGAAUCCAUGAAAUACUCUGAUGUGUCCGACACGUUUCUCACUGGCUGAGCGUGUCGUCUUAGAAACCAUAAGAGAAGAAAUCUGAAGUCGGCGAGCUGCAGCAGCGACCUGAUGGUUUUAACCUCACAGGACAAACUUUUCACAGCAGAUGAGUGAAGAAAACUUUUAGGUACUUUUCCCCUUAAAGUUCGACAGACGUCUCCGCAGCUUUAACUGCUGAUCGCUGUUAUUUUAUACGUGUGAAAUUGAUUUUAGUGUCUUCAGACUCGAUCACUCGUCACAAGAGACCUGAAGUUAGAGACGUUAGAGGUCCAGUGUGAAGGCGUCAGGAGGAUCAGUCUGCAGAGGUGAAAUAUGACAUUCAUAAUGAUGAAGCAGGUCGCUUCCAUCGCCAUGUUUCCACAGUAGCCCAGAAUCAAAUCCCCAGAACAGCCGGACGGUUUCACUUGGGAAACAAUCGACUGGAAAGUGUAGAAGAAUCGUUAUUUUGUUUAAUUCACAUUUAGGUCAGCAGAAAGUGAAACCUCAGGAGGAAGUCUCUGGUGCACACGCCUUCAACUGGAAAUCUUUGAGGAGGAGUUGGUAGUUUCACACACAGGAAGUCACAGGAAGCUGCACCUCCAACACUGUUUCCACUGGAGGCGUUUUUUAGUGACGAUGAUGUUUUUUGUCGUGAGUAUUUUCACACAGAAAUCUAAAGCGAAGAGUUUGUGUUUGUCUUCAGCCUGAAACACAUGAGAUACUGACAGGAAACUGAAGCUGUUCGUCCAUCUGAGCUGAUGAAAACACUUGAGUUUUAACGUUUUAACACAACAUUAACUUCUGCAGGUCUGUACAUUGAAGAGAAGGGAAGUUGGACAGAAACAAGAUGGAAAUGAAAAUGUGGUUUUCAGCAGAAGUUGAGCAGAAACCAGGUGGAAGUUUCCUGAAAACAUAUUGAAGAAAUUACCAGUUUAUUUAUUAACUACUUAUUGGAAAUCAGCAGAAUGUUAUUAUUGUUAAAUCAUGUAAAUCUUGAGGUAAUUGUUGAGGUGAUUUGGGGUCAAUUUUAAUUAUGUUACUGGGGAAUUAAAAUGUAUGUAACCAUGAGAUGUUUACCUGUAAAAUGACGUGUUUUCAGACCUUCACACUGGACCUUUUUAAACGUUUCUUCUGUGAAUGAAUCAAGAAUCGAACUAAUCAGUUUUCCAGUUUCAAGCAUCAGAAUCUCAAACACACCAGUUGUUGUUGUUUUUUUUAAUCCAAAGUCAAACCAUGUGUGGGAGAAAUACGGCGACGGCGACUGAACGCUCAGAACGUGUUCGUCGUUCAGUCGCGUCUCGUCCUCGUGCUGCCAAAUCAUUCCUCGUCUUUUCACAGAAGAAAAGAGAAAACGGUGCGAGGUGGAAGCGCUCGCAGAUAUCUGGGAGAACACUGUGCAUCUCUUACUCUCGCUGUUUCUGAGCAUCCAGACUUUGUUGUAAAUAUCCGACGCAGUGCUGACGCGUGUUUUAAUAACCACUCAUUCAAAGAGAGCGAGGACACUUCGGGGUCUUCGGUGUCGUUACUGUAUCGAGAAGCGAAUGAAUGUUGAAAAAAAAAUAUGAAAGAAGAAGAUGAUAAUGGAAGAAUGUGAUAUUCCAAUAACUCUAUGCAACUGUGGAUUGUAAAACUUAGAGUUUGUGCCUUUUGUCUCCUCACACUGGUGGACACACGGAUCGCAGCUCACCGGUCCACUGAACAUCCUGCUGCUCUGUCAGGAUCUGCUGAGUCACCAGCAGCUUCACCUGCAGCAGACUGACGUUACCGUUCAGGGAAUCCAGAGCCUUAAAUCUUCUCUCGUAGUCGAGCGUUACCUAACCAAAGCCAAACCUUCUCUGACUCGUUCUGUCUGUUCACUUGGUUUUUCCUUCUCACCUGGAAUGUCGAUAGUUCUGAAGAGUCCUCACCUCCAGUCUGAUUCUGCAAAUAAAUUCUGUUUUGGUAUCAAG